GGGGCGGGGCGGUGUCGCGCGCGAGGAGCGAUGGCAGCGCUGAGCGGGGACGCGCUGGGGCUGGAGCGGGACGUGGGGCGGGCGGUGGAGCUGCUGGAGCGGCUGCAGCGCAGUGGGGAGCUGCCCCCCCAGAAGCUUCAGGCGCUGCAGAGGGUCCUGCAGAGCAAGUUCUGCUGCGCCAUCCGCGAGGUCUAUGAGCAGCUCUAUGACACCCUGGACAUCGCUGGAAGCCCUGAGAUCCGAGCCCACGCUACAGCCAAGGUACCCCCAAAACACACCCAGAGCACCCCAAAACUCACCAAGAGACCCCAAAACCAUCCCAGAGCCCCCCCUAACUGA